CACAACCUCUGCCACCACCGCUGACUCGCCUUCCCUUACGAGUGUGUGUUGCGUGCAGGCUGUUUUCCAUUAGUGUGUUGCGUGUGUUUCUGGGCUCUCGAUUCUGUGUUGCGAGGGAAAGCGAAGUGUUGAAGGGAAGCAGAAGUGGUAGCAGUGUUUUUUUGUGUGUUUUUUGCGUGUUUUUUGGUUCUUAUCUUCGUUUUUUUUAAAGACGUGCAGGUGAGGAUAGCCGCGUUCAAUUAACCUGUCCGACUCACUUUGGCACUUACCUGAGGAGAAGGAGGAGGAGGAGGAAGAGGAGGAGGAAACGAACAUGCAAGAGAAGAAAUAAAGGAGAGAAAGAAAGAAAAAAAGACAAAGAAAGAAAGAACGAAAGAACAGGAGGAGGAGAAAGAGGGAGAGGACACGAAGAUACAAGAGAAGAAAGAAAGAAAGAAAGAAAAAAAAGAAAGACAACAGAAAGAAAAGAGGAAGGAAAAGGUGGAGGAAGAAAUGACUGUUUGAAAAAAGAGAGGAGAAAGAGGAAGAUAAGGAGGAAACGAACACACAAAAGAAGAAAGUAAGAAAAAAAAGAAAGACAACAGAAAGAAAAGAGGAAAGAAAAGGUGGAGGAAGAAAUGACUGUUUUAAAAAAGAGAGGAGAAAGAGGAAGAUAAGGAGGAAACGAACACACAAAAGAAGAAAGUAAGAAAAGAAAGAAAGAAAGAAAGCAAGAAAGAAAGAAAGAAAGAAAAGGUGGAAGAAGACGUGAAUGACUAGUGAUCGGCAUGAACUCUGAGGUGCCCCAAGGUCCUCAGGUUCCCCAGGCUCUUCAGGAGAACCUCGCCCUUCGCACACACUCCCCAGGGCCGUGAUGAGGGUGCCAGGACUUGUGGGGGCUCUCUGCGCCCUCCUCCUGGCCGCCGGUGCUCUGGGGGGCCGCGAGGUGGACAGCCAAAGGAAGGGUCUCUCAGCCCCCGCCAUAGACGCCUUCCUGAAACGGAUCACGAGGAGUUGCUGGAAGGAGUUAACCGUCACCCCCUCGGAGGAUGUGCUGUUCUGGCGUGUGGGGAGCGUGCAGGAGGUGUGGUGUUCCUUAGCGCAGACCCACGACCCCUCACUCUCCUCCGCCAACCUAACUAUCAUGAAGGACUCCGUUCCUCUCCCACACCAGACUGUGAACGAGACCACCAUAAAAGUGACGCUCAACUUGACGCGGCCGGAGUCGUACAAACUUAUCUGCAGCGACGACGCCAAGGACCAGAUGUGCAUGAGUCAGGUCUACGUUGGUUACGAGCCAUUGGAGGUGGAGGAUCUGCAGUGCGUCUCUCACAACUGGGAGUCAUUCUCGUGUAACUGGACGCUGCCUUACAACCCCGUGCAGCCGGCGAACAAAGACUACGUGCCCUACCUCAUGCCCCUGGAUGAUCCGACCAGAAAGAGUCUGUGCGCGUGCAAUGACUACGACAACCUCCUCGGGGACGGCUGUGAAUGUCCCGAGACCUGCUGCUUGUGGGGCCGCGAGGACUACUACCCGGUCUCGCCCCAAAUGGUCGUCAUGUUCGUGGCGGAGAACGACCUCGGCUCCACCAUCUUCAACUACACCAUUGACAACUAUGCCGUGGUGUUGCCAAACCCCAUGAAUGAGGUGACGGCGGCGGCGGCGGCGGCGAGGCUGGAGGCGGUGGUGGGGUGGACGCUGCCGGCGCCCAUGACCACCUUCGCUGCAUCCGCCGCUGGGGUGCUGGUGCGGGUGGAUCACAGACUCACGGACGACGGGGCGGGACGGACGGGGGCGUGGGUGCAGGGUGAGGUGGUCAAGUGUCGCAGCACCUCCUGCCAGACGGACCAGCAGGUGGUGCAGCUGGAGCACUGGUGGCGCCGGUACGAGGUGCGUGUGCGCCUGCGGUCCGCCGCGGCGCCGCAGCCCGUGGAGGAGGACGGCUGGUGGUCUGACUGGCAGCCCCGCUACGUGAACACCUCGGCGGCAGCCCCCGAUGCCCCGCCGGGCGUGGGCCCCGGCACCUUCCAGGCCGAGGCGGCGGGCUUCGCGGGGCUGAGCGACCUGUGCCUGGCGUGGCGCACGGUGCCGCCGCUGCUCCACAACGGGUCUGACUUCGGGUACCUGGCGCAGCUGUGCGCCGCCGGCGACGACGAUGAGCUCAGGUGUGAGGUGUUGAGGGAAGUCGCCGUCACCGAGAGCUUCGCUGUGUUCCAGAACGUGUCCAGCUCGGCGCCCUACACGCUGCGGGUGUCGGCACACAACAGUGCGGGCGGCGGGCCGUGGGCGGCAGUAUGGGUUGCAGCGGCGGGGGCGCGCCCCGCCCCGCCCCUGCUGCCGGUGGUGGUGCAGCACGCCGGGGUGGGGCGGCAGGACGCUCUCUACGAGCUGCGCUGGGCCCCGGGGAGCGAGGGGAACCACACCGUCUACCUGUGCACCGGGGAGCACCAGAGUGCGCGGCCGUGCACGGGCCAGCUGUACUGGGUCUCGGCGGGUAACACCUCCGCCGUCAACCUCACCCUGCGGGACUUCGGGCUGCAGGACGCCUCGCCCGCGCAAAUCUCCUUCGCAGUGUCCGUUGAGGACGCCGCCGACGCCUCCAGUGGCUUCUCCUGGGACCGUUGCGGCGCCCCGCAGCCCUACACCGGCGUGCGCGCCUCCCCGGAGCCGGGCGACCCCGUCACGAGCAGCUCGGCGGUGGAGUUGCCGUGGACUCUGAGCUGCAGCUUCAGGGCGGGCGUGGUGGAGGAAGUGGAGGCCACCUACUGCCGCGGGGCGCACGCCUCGCCGGAGAAUUGUACAGAGAAGCCAGUGUCGACGACGGGUCAGCCGUGGGCGGGGACCGUGCGCGUGUCGGGGCUGGCUGCCGGCGAGGAGUACACGGCGUGGCUGCGGCUGCACUACCGCGGCGGCGCCUCGGCCUGGGCUGACGGCAGGACCUUCACGACUAACACUGCAGGCGCGGAGGAGUGGCUCAUCGUGGUGGUGGCGGGCGUGGUGGUGCUGGCCUCCGUCAUCCUCGUCUUCGGCCUCGUCUACGGCAAGAGGAAAUUCGUGGACAACCUGAAGAAGCUGCGCGUCAAGCCGUCCCUUCCCUCUGGCCUUGUCCCUGCGGGGCGGCAACAGGAGCCCCGCGGAAGCUUCAACGGAGUGGGAGGAAGGGGUAAAGGGGGUGACGGAAGAGGAGGGGUAGGAGGGGGCGGUGUGCCCGUCAACCAAACCACCGUCUCGCCCUCCUUCAAGAAUCCUGUCUACGGCCACACCCUUCCCACGGUCGUCGGUCAAAGGCCGUCCUUGUCCUUGAACGGUGAAGAGAUGGGGGGAGACGAGUCCUUGGGCCGCGGGGUGUCGCAGGGCGGAAGACCAACCCACCAGGACCAGCUACAACAAGCCCCAAGAAGUAACACAAACGAGGACCUUCCCAACACAACCACAACAACCCCUGAAGAAGGCACGGUAGUCUCCAGCCCGUCCUCGGAGUGCCUGAUAUCGUCGCCGUCCUCUCCCGAUCCACUCCUGCGGAAGACCUACGCGCCGCAGUAUGUCUCGCCGUACUUCUCCGAGAGCGAGGGAGAAGGACGCGACACCCCCACAAAACCUCUCUUCCCAGGUGGCUAUGUCGGUCUUGCAGGGCCUGGGGACAGCGGAGGAGGAAGAGGGCAAGGACGAGGAGGCAGUCAAUCACCCCCUACAGAAACAUGGAGUGGAAGUAGUGGCGGGAAUAGUGGUUACGUCCCUCCGUCAGCGUGCACGAAGCUUCCCAUGUCAGCCACGCCCGCAAGUCCAGGCUACGUGACAGCCCAGCACGGGGAGCACGUAGCCACAGGGAGUCCAGGCUACGUGCAGUCCGAUGCCAUCCCGCACCCUCUCCACACCCCAGAAGGUCAGAGUGGCUAUGUGAGUGCGGACUUCCCGAUGAUGGUGACUGACGCAGCGCCACCAGGAACGAUCUACGACCCUCUGACGACCAGCAAGGACCCCGCAGCAUCAAACCACGACCCUGGGGACUCUAUUCCUUCUACAGCGUCCCGGAAAGGUGAUAUGGAUGUCUGUGAGGAAGGAAAACAGAUCGAGAAGCCAAGUUAUGUGUCACUGCCUGAUAUGUCGUGGAUGGGGGAUAAGGAAACGGCUCCCAGCACUGAUAAACUCGACAUUGAAGGCAGCGAGAGUUGUGAGAAGCCAAGUUAUGUGUUAAUGCCUGAUAUGUCGUGGAUGGGGGACAAGCAAACGACUCCCAGCACUGAUACACUCGACAUUGAAGGCAGCGAGGGUUGUGAGAAGCCAAGAUAUGUGACCCUGCCUGAUAUGUCGUGGAUGGGGGACAAACACACGGCUCCCAGCACUGAUAAACUCGUUAUUAGAGGCAGUGAGAGUCAGAAAAACCCUCCACGCACCGCCAGCAACGCCCCAGCACCAGGAUACAUCGCCGUCCAGCCCCCAGACUUCGGGAACCACACGCAGAAGGCGGACACGGAAGAGAGAACGGGAAGCCAGGACACGGAACCCAUAGGACACUACCACGACCUGAAAUCCUUUUCCGAUCUCCUUUCCAAGCCUUCCAACGUUCUUCAUCCCUUCCCAGUUCAUCUCUCAACCCCAGUCUUCCCAGUAACCACCCAUGAUGCCCCUGGAGUCCCCUGUGAGGUCCCAAAACCCGGUAUUCCGCACUGGGGGAGAGGUACAAGUGAUGGAUACGUGCCUCUGCCCGUCACAAGAGCAGACGACGCCAGCGAGAAGGAAAAUUCAAGCAGAACGAAUCCAUGGAUUAACUCUCUCAUAUCGCCACCCAGAGCCUCCAUGACCUCAGAAGAGCCACUUACAGGCAUCUCCUUUGUUGUGCUUGGUGAUAAUCCCUCUAGAAACUCCUCCGUCAAUGCUGGAAUGGAAAUUAAGGAGACGAAUGUGAACUCCGAUGACGAGAGGGAGGGCGAGGGGGUGGAGAACGAGAGGGAUGAAAACGAUAGAUUGUCAAUUGAUGGUCUUCCUAAGGGGUACAGCAGAGUAGGGAACCCGCCCCAGUGAUUAUAAGUAAAAAGAAAACUAUAUGCACUCUGGAGUACAGUACACAUUAGCUUUAAGACGUUUUGCCGGUAAGAAUGAACCGGUCUUGUGCAGUAACCUUAUAAUUAUUUUGUCUCGUGGAAAGGAUAAGCCACAGAAGAGGGAGAAGUUCGUAAUCUUACAACUUUUAUAAAUAUCGUUUAAGUUUUAUCGAUAAGAAUGAGAGUCUUGUGAAGUAGCUUAAUAUUUCGUCUUGUUUGAGGAACUAUAAAUCAUACAAGAUAAUUUUUUAAUUUUUUUAUGUUUUGCCUGUGGCUCCGGCAGGCUUUCUCGGUGGGGCCUGAUGGUCGGCCCCAGCCCGUCAUGGCGCAGGCGAGUGUUCAUAGUGGCGCCAUCUUGCUUAGCUCUUGCUGCCCCCCGGAGCCCAUCUUUGAUCUUCUCUUUAGAGAGAGAAUCUAGAGUCCGGGGUUGAUAAGUGGUCUUCAGGACAGCAUGUGACUGAAAAAUCCCAACUCGUGGCGGCGGGCGGGACGCGAACCCACGCCCACACGCUAACCACUCAGCCACUAUGGUUUAAACUUAAUAAUAGUACGGUUACAUCACUUAAAUCAGUCAGCUCCUUGUUUUUAUAGUUACCAAAUGUUUUAUACACAAACAGUGAAUAUAUAGCAUAGGGGAGGUUUAGUCUUAGUUGAUCUUCGUCUUUGUGUCUGACACCACCACUAAGUGACUGUGCUGGAAAUUGGUCGUCAUGGUUCGUCUCGUGUCGUGCUAAGAAUCAUCGUUAGCUCUUGUUCAAUAUUUCACACUAGUUUAUCGCUUAAGUUAAAAAAUAGAAAUGCUUGUUACAUUAAACACGCUGCUUAAACUACCUUUUCCUGUGUUUGUCGUUUAUGGUUGACUGGUGGUUUGGAUAAGGGUAACC